AGGCAGGCACAGAGGUAAUGAGACAGCCCCCUCCCUACAUUCACACAAUGUGAUCCGGGAGAAAUCACACAGCACUCUGAUUGACAGCUGGAGACUCCUAAAAAGGGAAUUGCUAUGAAGUUUAUAUAGAGGGGAGUGGAGAGGACAGCACAGAGUCACCCGGAACCCCCCAGCAUGCACUGCCAGGCCGAGCUGCGGCUCUCCUCCCCAGGACAAAUCAAGGCUGCCAGGCGGCGAUACAAAUCUUUUAUGAUCGAUGAGAUUCUAUCCAAGGAGACGUGCGAUUACUUUGAGAAGCUUUCACUGUAUUCUGUGUGUCCUUCCCUGCUGGUCCGACCCAAACCCCUGCAUUCGUGCCCCGGCUCAUCUCCGCUCAGGUCAUACCCACUGCUCUCCGUCAUCACCCGGCAGCCCAAUGUUGUAUCCCACUUGGUCCCUUCACCUUCAUCCUCGCACAUUCCUUUGCUCUCCCCUACACAUCUCUCUUCACCUUGUGCACGCUCUGAGACUCCUGCCAGUGAAGCUCCCCAAAGUAGUGAGUCUGAGAUUGAGCAGGCAACCACUCGUGUGAAAAAGCCACGGCGCAGCAGAACAAUUUUCACUGAAAUGCAACUCAUGGGCCUGGAGAAGAAGUUCCAGAAACAGAAGUAUCUCUCAACUCCAGACCGGCUGGACUUGGCUCAGUCUCUGGGUCUGACACAGCUGCAGGUCAAGACGUGGUAUCAGAAUCGCAGGAUGAAAUGGAAAAAAAUUGUGCUUAAGGGAGGCCAGGAGGCCCCCACCAAGCCAAAAGGACGUCCAAAGAAGAAUUCCAUCCCAACUUCUGAAGAAAUUGAAGCAGAGGAGAGGCUACACAGACUGGCAGAGGACACACAGAUGAAGGCAGAAGAUGAUGGGAAUCAGGUCCAAGAGGCAGAAGAGGGUGACAAAACUGUGGAAGAAUAUGAACAGGAAGAGACCCAGAAUCCAGAAACUCCAUCGCCACCUCUGCCUUGUACAUCAAUAGAGGCCCCACCAAACGAACGAGAAUCCUCAAGAUAAAAAGAGGACAGCACAACAAUAAACUGUACAAUGUGGCUUAGGGAGCCCUUGGAAGUUCUGAAGUGUGUUCUGUGAACUUAUCAUAGACACAGGCCCGGAUCAUUACUGAGAUCCUCCCUCCAUCCUUCCAUUUAGAAAGGAAAAGGUUAAAGCUGCUAUGCAGGAGGGAGUAGAACAGAGAAUCUCUGUGACUAACGGGGGCUGCGCAGACGAGACUGGGAAUUUUUGCUGUGUUUAAAAACAAUUGGACAGUGUAUAUAUAGUUUUCUUUAUUUUUGUGCCAGCAACUGUAGUGAAAAAGGGUGAAAAAAAAAAGCCAGGCGGCCUGAAAGAGGCUGAUUUUCCCAGUGUGACCCACUGGUGGAUGCUUUAAUUCUAAGUGCCUUUCUUGCAUGCUACAUGUUUUUAAGCACGUGGAUGUGUUCAUUCAGAGAUAUUGCAAUUUAAAUACUUCAAGCAUGUUGGUCAUAUCUUAUUGACAAAUCACUAUCCAUAAGAACACUGGAAGAAAAGACAUAAUGUACUGUGUACAGAGAAAAGACCAGUGUGUUUGUGCUGUUCUGACUUAUAAAAGAUAACACCCAGCAAUCAGAACAUGGUCACAUGAAAGGAAUUCGAUUCUAUUUUCUUAUUUAGAUUGGCCAGCAAUCAUGAAGGGCCUCUCUGAUUGCAUAGGACAAUAAAUGCAUUGUUUUGGAAUACGUUCACAUUACAUAGCUGUUGGUAAAUUGAAAGUGAUUUUUCUAUUGUA